AUGACGGCGGACAUUGCCCGAUCUUCACAGAAUACCUUUGCUCAGCCUUUCGCACUUAGCGCCAGGUAUGCUGCUGACCGCGGUGAUGCGCCUAAAGGCGAGGAUGAUUUUGUGCCGGAUCUAAACGUCCGCCUGAUUUGCCGUGACUGCAAGACGGAUCCACCCAACUUGGCGGAAGAAUUCGAGUCUGGUGAUCUGGUUUGCGCCGAUUGCGGGCUUGUGGUGGGCGAGAAUAUCAUCGAUACUCGAUCUGAAUGGCGUACUUUUGCCAACGAGGAUGGUGAUGAUCCAUCGCGUGUAGGUGCAGCGAGCAACCCGCUGCUGGACGGUAUCAACGAGCAGCUCGAGUCGCGCAUCGGAUACAGGGAUGGCGGCACAGGUGCUUCGAGGGAUCUGCAGAGAACCAUGAACCGUGCUACAGGUACAAGGGACCGCAACAUGUUGGACGCGUUUGAAGACAUCCAGCGCAAGUGCGAUUCGAUCCAUCUGCCAAGGACAGUCUCGGACGUGGCUAAGCAGGCGUAUCGACGUGUGGAAGAAGAAAAGAUCCUUCGCGGAAAGAAGCCGGACGCCAUCAUCGCCGCUGCCAUCUACGUGGCUUGCAAGAUGAACCACGUGCCACGAACAUUUCCCGAAAUCUGCUCGCUCACCAGUGUGUCGAAGAAGCAUAUUGGCCAGUGCUUCAAGGAGAUGCAGCAGGCGUUUGGUUUGAAUGCUACGGGUACCGGAUCGGUGGACGGAUCGAGGGCUAGUGCCAACAACAGCGGCACAUCGACACCGAUUGGUAUUGGACCGACGGGUGCGGCGGAUCUGGUGGGUCGUUAUUGCAACCACUUGGGUCUCGAGAUGCGCAUCACACGGUCAACGGAAGACAUUACGGCACGCGUACGCGAGCUUGGCAUCUUGGCAGGCCGCAGUCCGAUCACCAUUGCGGCCGCCUGCAUCUAUUUUUCUACGCUGUUGUGGGGCGUGGACAAGGGAGCCAAGCGCAUCAGCCAGGCUGCAGGCGUCAGCGACGUGACGAUCAAAAACUCUUUCAAGGAGCUUCUCAAGCACAAGGACAAGAUUGCCACGCCAGAGAUUCUGUCCAAGAGCCCUCAGAUGGACAUGUCGCGCCUCGAUGUCUGA